GCUGUAUGGUCGUGCAAGACACAGUGACUUGCUCUUCAUUAUUGCCACCUCCUUGGAUAAAGGUGCUAGAGGUGCCAGACAGAAAGCGCAGGUCAUGCCCAUCCUUGUGCCCAUGAUAGGUGUUCAUGGUGAAUGCUGGAUCGAGGAGGCCGCUGAAGCUUUCAGCGCGUGUGGCUUGAAUUUGGAGUCUGUGUCUGGACCUUUAGUUCCGGCUCCAGCGGAUGAAGAUGCCACAUGUUUUGCAAAGCGUUCAGUCAAGUCAAGCAAGCUUGGAAGAGCAUUGCGUGGUUUUCUCGGGCAGAGUGAAGCACACACCGGGGAAAGUCGGUUAUCCAGCCAUAGCUUGCGUGCAACUUGCCUGUCUUGGGUGUCUAAAUACGGGCUGGAUACCGAAACUUCUUCCAUCCUUGGACGGCAUGCGUCUUCUGCAAAAGUUACCGCUGCUAUCUACAGCAGAGAUCUUUGUGUAGCUCCAACGAGAGCCUUGCAAGGAGUGAAAAAGGAAAUUGCACAAGGUGCAUUUGUGCCUGAUAACCCGCGUUCCAAACAUUUCACUUUUCCGCCUGGUCCUGGUCAUGCCAACGAUGUGGUUGGUGCCCAUGCAAUGCAAACAAUUAAUCCGGCUGCGAAGGUUGCGCCACUUGUUAAAAAUGAGCCGCUUGUGAUAAGUGAUGAUGAGAAAGCCGAUGGCAAUGACAGCCCAUUGAUUGAUGUUGCUUGCGACAGCAGUUCGUCAAGCUCUUCGUCAUCAGAUUCGUCUAGCGAUGAGGAGUGUGCACAACCUGCAACUGUCGGACGCUACAAGCGCGCAAGACCAAGUGAGCAAGCAGGUUUUGGAUCAAGAAUCUUUUCCAGAGCCGCCGUGACGUCCUUGAUCGAGAGUACACACCACUUCGAGAAGAGAUGUGGUGAGCUAAGCUUGGCUGAAGACACGUGUAAAGCGCUCAAAGCCUGUGGCAUAACAUCAUUGUCGCGUUUUGCCUACGCUGUUGGCCAGCCGGGCCAGGCUUUGGACAACAAUGAAUGUGUCAACAGCAAUUUUGCUGCUGCGUCAAUAGGCGAGCAAUCGGGGCUAAAACGGCUUCUUUUCGAAGCUCAAACGCUCCUACUCAGUGACCUGCGUGAGCAAGUCACUCAGCCUGAGAAAUGGGCCACGAGAGCAGUCCCUGACGUGGAACGCCGCAAAAGGCUUGAUGGGGUCAGAGCAUCCAUCGCAGGUGUUAUUGUUGAGGGCCCAAUGGAACCAGCGCACCACUUGUUGGAAGCCACGUCGCGCAUGGAGCGCGAAGGCCAGCUGAGAUACAUCCCACCGGAAAAAUGCCCGACGCGACAACAGGAAAUCCAAGCUGGUAAGACAACAAGUGCACGCAUUGUUGAGUGUGAUGGCAAGCUGACUCUAAAAGAGGAGAAGGAGAUGGGCGACAUCACGUGUGGAUCGGCCAUCUUGGUCCAAGAGGCACUGCAUCGCAGAGGCAUUGCGUUGCAGUUCGCAGGCAUUUGCACUUACCUACAGCACGAGAGAUACUUGCUCAAGCUUUUCUCUCAUAUGGCGCGCGAGCCACCACCUGGAUGCCAGCGCACGUCAGUGCAACAAAUUGUUACUGCCGACAAGGCUGUUUGGACCAGGUUGGUCGAAGAUGAUGUGCAACCCAAGCGUGCCAGCAACGGUUCAUACCCAGUUGGGGAGGCUUUGGUUCCGACUCUGGAAUCGUAUGACAUCACUAUUCAUCUGUUGCCCCGCAUGCGCAAUGACACUCCAGCACGCAAGCGAACCGGUGGCCAGCCAGGCAAGGGCGACCGAACAAAGUGGCAGCGCACUGAUGAGACAAGCAAAGGUAAAGGUAAAGGAGGUGCCGGCAAGACAGGUAAAGGCAAAGGUACCUCUACCUACGUGCCCAGUGUGCCAAAUGCAAUCCGCCUGCUAGGUGGAUCAGGAAUGACCCCUGACAAGAAGCGCAUUUGCUUCGACCGCAACAUCAGUGGAUGCAAGUUGAAUCCGUGCCCUAAAGGCCUUCACGUCUGUGCUCUGUGCUUUGCGGAGGACCACGGAAUCCAGGAGUGCCCAAAGCGUAAGAAAGCCUGA